ACUAUGAGUAAGAAUAUUGCUGCUGGAACAAAGGCAUCAAGGUACGCUCCAACAACUACAGAAGAAUAUCUCCCAAUGGAAGUUCCCGAUCAUAUUUAUGUGGCUGGUGUGGAGCGUAAACCUGGUCAGAAGGAUAUUCGUCCUCAAAUGGUCGUUCCCAGUCGAAUAACAGUUGAAGGUGGUGAUAAGACUGCAGCUGCCAAAGCACAACCGACAGAAGUGAUUCGAGAACGUCAAGCUAUGAUGUCAAAUGCCUCGGAGGAUCUUAGUGUCAAUGGGAUACCGCCUACCUUGACAGCCAACGAGCUUCCAACUGGUGAUUUCCAACGAACACCAGUCAAUAUUGCAUUAAGUUGUGAUACAGACAAUCCGACAUCAAUUGCCGUUGAAAAGAAUCCACUAGAAGAAAUCAAACAAUUGAGGCGUCGAAUUAAUAUUCUAAUUAGGAAGGUAGAUGGUCUGGAAAUGGAUAUUCGAGAAUACAAAUACGAUCGACCAUAUAUAAUUGCAGCUGGAUUCAUUUUGACAGGACUCGUGGUUAUUUUUAUAUCUUAUUAA